AUGACACCUCCGCUGUGGGGCUCUAUGGUGGCCAUUAAAUAUGGCGCUUUGGCGUACAAUUGUGUAUCCUCCACCUUCCACUACUUCCACGACCGCUUCCUCCUGCUCACUGACCUGAAGGCUGUGGCCCAAAAACAGGACAGCGCCAUCUACAGAUUGGUACACCAGGAUGGAAGCCUGGCUGACAUCACCAUGCUCUCUUCUGGAGAAGGAGUGAGACGGGUGGAGGACGAGAAGGAGGGAACCCUGAAGAAGGAGAAGGAUGGGGGGAUGACGCAGAAAGGAGGACUCCAUCAGUCUAUAAACCUGCAUCAGUCAUUCAACAUUCAAUCCAGUGCAGGCCCAGGGGAGAGUGGCGACUGCAGGGUGGGAACUGAGCCAGAGCCCUCCACAGAAAACACUACCUCAGAUCUAAAGAAUAAGUGGCACCUGGUGAUGGACCGUCUGACUGUGCUGUUCCUCAAGUUCCUGGAAUACUUCCACAAGCUGCAGCUCUUCAUCUGGUGGCUCCUGGAGAUACACAUCAUCAAGAUCGUCUCUUCAUACAUCAUACUGGUCUCUGUCAAAGAGGUGUCGUUGUUCAACUACGUGUUGGUGGCGUGCUGGGCCUUCGCUCUGCCCUUCAGUCAGUUCAGACCCCGGGCCUCCUGUAUCUGUACAGUCUGGACCUGUGUCGUCAUCGUCUGUAAGAUGUUGUACCAGCUGGAAUCUAUAGACCCUGCCUCUUACUCUGAGAACUGCUCCAUGCCAAUGAAUUACACAGAGAAACAGAGAGAAGAGAUGAAAGACUCUCUACUGUACAAGGAGCCAGUAGACCCGUCCAACUGGGUCGGACUCAACAAGUUCAACCCUCUGCUGGAGAACCUCAGGAACAACCUACUGAUGUUGGCCAUGCUGGUGUUUGAGGUGACCAUCUACCGUCACCAGCAGUCCUACAGGCUGAGGAACAAGCUCACCGCGCCCGCCACUCGCAUCAUCUUCCAUGACAUCACACGGCAACACCUCGACAACGGCAUCGUCAACUGUGCCAAGUACUUCAUCAACUACUUCUUCUACAAGUUUGGGCUGGAGACAUGCUUCCUACUGGCGGUGAAUGUGAUUGGCCAGCGUAUGGAUUUCUAUGCCAUGCUGCAUGCCUUCUCUCUGAUAGGUGUCAUGUGCAGACGGAGGAGGAAAGCUAUAGCUGAGAUCUGGCCUAAAUACUGCUGUUUCCUGGCCUGUAUGCUGACCUGGCAGUACUUUGUCUGCAUUGGGAUACCACCUGCAGCCUGUAAAGACUACCCAUGGCGGUUCCCCAACUCGGCAAUGGACGGCAACGUCAUCAAGUGGCUAUAUUUACCUGACUUCCACACCAAACCCAACCCAAUCUUUCUUGUCUAUGACUUCAUGCUCCUCCUCUGCGCCUCACUCCAGAAGAGUAUAUUUGACGAGGAGAACAAGGCAGCUGUCCGUCUCAUGGCUGGAGACAACGUGGAGAUCUGUAGAGACCUAGACGCAGCCUCCUUCAACGUCCACAACCCUGUCCCUGACUUUAUACAUUCCAGGUCGUACCUGGACAUGCUGAAGGUCAUCUUGUUUAGCUACCUGUUCUGGUUCGUCCUCACCAUCCUCUUCAUCACCGGCACCACGCGUAUCAGCAUCUUCUGUUUGGGCUAUCUGGUGGGAUGUUUCUACUUCCUGCUGUUCGGCGGGGAGCUGCUGCUCAAGCCAAUCAAAAAUAUCCUCCACUACUGGGACUUCCUGAUCGCCUAUAAUGUGUUUGUGAUCACCACGAAGAACAUCCUGUCUAUCCUGGCCUGUGGUUACAUCAAUGUCCUGGUAGUGAACAACUGUUGGCUGAUCCAGCUCCUCAGUCUGGCCUGCACCAUCAAGGAGUAUAACGUCAUCACUAACAGAGACUUCACACCUUCAGGUAAGAAGUGUGAUCUGCCCAGCGACGAGGCUGGGAUCAUCUGGGACAGUAUCUGUUUUGCCUUCCUGCUGUUGCAGAGACGUGUCUUCAUGAGUUACUACUUUCUACACGUGGUGGCUGACAUCAGGGCCUCCCAGAUACUGGCAUCCAGAGGGGCUGAGUUGUUCCAGGCUACUAUAGUGAAGGCAGUCAGAGCCAGAUUGGAGGAAGAGAACAAGUCUAUGGAACAGCUGAAGAGACAGAUGGACUGUAUAAAGCAGCGCCAGGAGAAGUUUAAGAGGGGGAAGAAGAAGUUGAGCCUGGCUCAGGAGUCAGGAGAUGGAGAGAACCCCAUCCAGCCACAGGAGCAGGAGGGGGAGAGUGAGGAAAGAGACAAAGUAAAAUCCAAGACAAAGAAAAGGCAGUGGUGGCGGCAUUGGGUUGACCACGCCUCCAUGGUGAGAAGCGGAGAUUAUUACUUGUUUGAAAGUGACAGUGAAGAAGAGGAGGAAGAGGAAAGAGAGAAAAGAGAGGAAGAACUGCAGCCUCCCAAGAAGUCAGCGUUUCAGUUUGUCUACCAUGUCUGGAUAACAGACUCCAAGACAGCCAUGAAGGAACGAAGCAAAGGCAAGUUCUGGAAGAGGUACACGAAGAGAUACAAACACAAAAAGGACAAGAUGGAUGGUCAUGUGACUAUAGAGUUAGGCGAGACAGAGGAGGAUCAGAAGGGAGGAGAGGAGGAGAAGUCUGAUGGACCAGGCAACAUCCUGAAGCAAGUGUUCGACGUCGUCAAGUUCACCUGGGCGUUGUUCCAGACCAUGGUGGAGAGCUUCACCAAGUGGAUGAACAACGUGUGUAGAGAGCACAUAGACAUCUCCACCGUGCUGCGCAUUGAGAGAUGCAUGCUCACUAGAGAGGUCAAAAAGGGUAACGUCCCGUCCAGAGAAAGUAUCCAUGUGUUCUACCAGAAGCAGAUGAAUAUGAACACGUCGAGGGGGUCCAGUCUGGACUGGCUCAGUGAGGGGGGGUCUCACAGGGUCCGGAGAAGGAGAGACGGCUAUCGCAUGGAGAGCCAGGACUCCAUUGCAUCUAUGGCCUCCAGGGAUAGUAUAUCCAGUGCCUACACUGAGGCCACCAUGCUGUUCUCCCGCCAAGACACACUGGACGAGCUGGACGGAAUGCCGUCAGACGUUCCCAUUCCCAAAACCAGCGAUCGUGCCCGGCCCAAACUCCAUAACAUUUACGGCCUGGACGCCUCCAAGUCGACUGACAGCAGCAGCAGCCAAGUGUCCAGCGAGGCGACUCAGUGCAUCACUCUCUACUCACGGCAGGGCACCACUGACACCAUCGAGGAGGUGGAGGACGAACAGGACCAGGGGGAGGACAGGCAGCACGGACCCUGGGGACCCCCACAUCCGGAGGCAGAGGGGGCUGAGGGUACCCCCUGGUGGAGGGGUGGUGGAGAGACCACGGAGGAGGAGAGGGACCAGGGCCAGGGGGAUCCAUGGGGGUCUCCAGGCCCAGGGGAGGGCCCCUCCUUCAGGGUAGACGGUCCAACCUCGACACUCCUGGCCCUUCCACCAGGGUCCCAGGACUGUACCACUGACAGUGACGAUGGGGGUGUCCGGCAGGAGUACCUGAACACAGAGGAAUGGGACUGGGCGGGUCAGCUGUACACCCCAAACACCUCGGACGCCCCAAACACCUCGGACGCUGACGUGUCUCCCAGCUACAGCAAGGCGGUGAGCUUCGACCGUCUGGAGGUGACUGAUGAUGAUGAUGAUGAGAGGAUGAUGGUGAUGACCCCUGACACCAGCCGGUCAGACUAUCUGGACGACCCCCUGCUGCCCUCACUGACCUCUGAACUCACCGCCAGCGAGCUGCUGCUCAACAAGAUGUUCCAUAAUGAGGAGUUGGAGCGGUCCGACCGGUUCUACGCGGGCCAGCCACUGGCGUUCCAGUUGGUCUACGCCCUGUACAACAUGCUGGUGGCCCACUCUGAGACGGUGUGUUACCUGGUCAUCAUCCUCAACAACAUGCUGUCAGCCUCCUGCAUCACCCUGGUCCUCCCCAUCCUCAUCUUCCUCUGGGCCAUGCUGUCGGUGCCUAGACCCAGUAAGAAGUUCUGGAUGACCGCCAUCGUUUACACCGAGGUCGCCAUCGUCAUCAAGUACGUCUGCCAGUUUGGCUUCAUUCCCUUCAACCAGAACCUAGUGGUGGAUGGGAAUAAACCCUACCACCCUCCCAACAUCAUCGGAGUGGAGAAGAAAGAUGGAUACCUCGUCUACGACCUCAUACAGCUUCUAGCGCUCUUCUUCCACAGGUCCAUCCUGAAGUGUCAUGGCCUCUGGGACGAAGACAACCUUAAGGACACCCUCCGCCAGGACAGUGAGUCGAAGGAAGACGAGAGGACGGAGAAGGAGAGAGAGGCCACUCCCGUCCCCUCCACCCACCGCGAGAGGAAGGGCUCCACCCAGACCCCCGGGUCUAUAAACCUGGGCACGGGCACCUCCAUGGACUACCUCCAGCAGCAGACCUACCAGAGAAGGAAGAGCUCCAGUGGAGGGUCUCAUAACUCCCACCGCUCGAGCCACUCUCUACGCUCCAAGAGAGGAAGCACUAACUCCAGGAACAGUAGCCGUGGAGACGGGAGUGAGGUGUCAGUGCAGCAGAAGACUAAGAAACAGCUGAUCAUGGAGAAACUCAGAGAACAGAUGAUCAAAGCCAAGACCUUCACUAUCAAAAGGACCAUGAAGGUCUACCUCCCUGUCCGUCGGUUCUUCUCCAACCUGGUCCACCCGGAGCACAGCGCUGUGAUAGACGUCUAUGUCCUCAUGUUCCUGGCCGACACCGCCGACUUCAUCAUCAUCGUCUUUGGGUUUUCUGCUUUUGGGAAACACUCAGCGGGAGCCGACAUCACGUCGUCUCUGUCAGGGGACCAGGUUCCCGGAGCCUUCCUGGUGAUGGUGCUGAUCCAGUUUGGGACCAUGGUGGUGGACCGGGCCCUGUACCUCAAGAAGACAGUGCUGGGGAAGAUCAUCUUCCAGGUCGUCCUGGUGUUCGGAAUUCACUUCUGGAUGUUCUUCAUCCUCCCCGGACUCUCUGAGAGGCGUUUCAAUGAGAACACUGUAGCCAAGCUGUGUUACUUUAUCAAGUGUAUCUACUUUGGGCUGUCAGCCUAUCAGAUCCGCUGUGGCUACCCCACCAGAGUCCUGGGUAACUUCCUCACCAAGAGCUACGACUACGCCAACCUCUUCCUGUUUCAAGGGUUCCGUCUGAUCCCGUUCCUGUCUGAGUUGCGUGCAGUGAUGGACUGGGUCUGGACCGACACCUCCCUGUCCUUAUCCUCCUGGAUCUGUGUGGAAGACAUCUACGCACACAUCUUCGUCCUCAAGUGCUGGAGGGAGUCAGAGAGGAGGUACCCCCAGCCGCGGGGCCAAGCUAAGAAGCCGGUGGUGAAGUAUGGGAUGGGAGGGAUGAUCGUCAUGCUUCUCAUCUGUAUCAUCUGGUUCCCUCUACUCUUCAUGUCUCUGGUCAAGUCUGUGGUGGGGGUGGUCAACAAACCACUGGACGUCUCCUUCUCCAUCACCCUGGCCGGGUUCCAGCCCAUCUUCACCAUGAGUGCUCAGCAGAACCAGCUCAGAGGAGUCUCCAACCAUGACUUCCAUGGCACCUUCAUGAGGUCAUACCUGUCCUACCCUAAAGCGAUGCAGUGGUUGGAGUCCUACAUGCCAGAGGACCUGACCAUAGCUGAGUUGGAGGGCAGCUCUAACAGUCUGUGGACCAUCAGUCCUCCCAGUAGAACUAACAUCAUGGAGAUGCUCAACUCCAAGGAACAGUUCCCCAUCACUGUAGCUUGGUCUGUCCAGCGGAACCUGACUCUGGGAGCGAAGGCUGAGUUUGCGACUGGGAAGAAGGUGACGUUCCUGGAUGAUCCAACCAAACUGGAGCUGAGCCUCCUGCUCAACGGGACAAGACGAGGCGGAGUGGUGAUAAAACAUGUCUUCCCGCGGUAUCUCCGAGCCCCUAGUACCUCCGAGGCCAAGCCCAUAGAACAGCUGUAUAAAGAGAAGGUGUACAUGAGCAUCACUUUGGCGUUGGAGCGUUCCCAUAACGACUCAGCGGAGGUCCAAGAGUGGUGGAUCGUGAACCAGACAGGUCCGGGACAGAUCGACGUUCGUAGCCCCAAGCACCUGCACGACGCCGGGCUGGACCUCUAUGUCUUCAGCGACAAGGUCAGCCCUCCUAGUCUGGGCUUCCUGGCUGGAUACGGGAUCAUGGGUCUUUAUGCCUCCGUGGUGCUCGUCAUCAGUAAGUUUGUCCGUGAGUUCUUCAGCGGUGUCUCCCACACCAUAAUGUUCGAGGAGCUGCCCAACGUGGACCGCAUCCUGAAGCUGUGUACCGACAUCUUCCUGGUCCGAGAGACAGGAGAGCUGGACCUGGAGGAAGAAAUCUACGCUAAACUCAUCUUCCUCUAUCGCUCGCCUGAGACUAUUAUCAAAUGGACCAGGGUAAAGACUCAGUGAGCCUGGCUGUAAAAGGCUAGUUAUACCUUAACGUGGAUAGAAGUUUAACAGUGUUUCUCAACCUCCGACUGGUCCGUGAAUACUUCACUGGUCUCUGGGAUGUUGAUGUUACUGACUGACCCAACCGGUCCCUGAGACCGUUUUGCUGACACUCGUUUAGUCAGUUCUUAAGUGGUAUUGUUUUGUUUUUUUAUGUAAGCAGACCUCCAAGGAGGAAGGAAGGACCAAAGCUUGCCGGUCCCUAUUGAGGAAAAAGGUUGAGAAACAUUGUUUUAGAACACAAAUGCUAACAUAACGUGACCGGGGCGUCGCAAAAAACAAUGAGAGUUGGGACAGAGAACGGGGUCUUCCCUGAUAGUGUUUAACCUCACCCUCCCAUAUGUCUUAUCUAAAGAGCUCUUCUGGUGGUUAUGAGCUUCAAAUCCUAUUCUAGACCAAUGAUGUGUGAGAUACUGCAAGCAACUUCCUCCCUGUUCCUGUAUCAUUCCUCGUUGUCUUUACAGACAGCAGUGUGGAUUAUACAGGGUCAGUGUUUUAAAAAAGGGCUUCCCCACCAAUGGAUGAUGACCAUGACCAUGAACUUACACAGGAUUGGUCUGUUUAGAUUUCCAACCUUUUCCUGAUUGGAGCUCCUGGUUCAUGGGAUUUUGCAAUAUUAUAGAGCUCUUCUUCAUGUCCUCCGAGACGACCAUUUUGAAGGAUGUUGUCAUGGCUACAUACGAGACGGCCAUUUUGACCAAGAUUGCAGGCGACUACGCCAUCUUAUUAAUGUUUGAGGCAGAGCUACUUCUAUACUUGCCUUAUUUUGUUUGUUUGUAUGAGAAACUAAACCUGUAUUAAUGAUUUCUCAGGAAAAGACAAGAAUUGGUGUUUCACCAAGAAAGGAUUAACUUUUAUUCAAUGUAAUGUUCAGAGUAUAGAAAUUCUAAUAUGUUAUGUUAGCUAAUUGACGGUUGAAUUGAUGUACCUACACUAUUACUUACAUUUUCUAUUUCCUGGUAUGCAUAUCAGCCGGGGGGGUGGGACCACUCCAGACUGUCUGUAAGUAAUUGAGAAGAAGAACCUUGUGGCAUCCUGUCUUUAUCCAAAUUACAACCCUAUUCCCUUUAUAGUGCACUGUGUUUUGACCAGGGCCCACAUAGGGAUCAGAUCCAAAGGAAUACACUACAUAUUAACGUGUUGUAGUGUAGAUUCUCCUCUAAGAAAACCAAAUGGUCCAAACCUCAUGGGCUUUUUACCCUGUAGGAUGGCCAGAAUUAGGGUGACCAAAUCAAUGGAGGCCAGAGAGAAAAAAUGUGGUUUAAAAAAUCCAUUCUGGGAAAUUACACCACAUGGUGUCAUCUAGACUGAAAUCAUGAGAUUUACCCCGGAUAUAAAACAAUAUAGAGGAAAGAUAGAUAUCCAUUUUGAGACAUUUUUAGUAUAUGCUUUUCAUAUUAAAAUGCGAAAUUCCUGUUCUUUUUAGAAGAUUUGUCACCAAAAAAAAAAGCAUAUCACUGUGAAAUGUCAACGGAGCGUACCGCAAGCUUUUUUAUUUUCAAAGUCGUUUACAUUCAAUUCAGCUCGUCAUGCUAAUUUAGCUUUUUGCGACCCGUGGAAACAACUUUGAAGUCGACCACCACAACAUGUAAAAUCCUCAAAAGUUGCGGCGAGAAAGCUGCACCGCUCUGUCAACAGAGCUUCUUGCAUAUUUUCGGCUGUAUUAGGUUGCAAAAUCCGACUUUUUGGAUAUCAAAUCAAAUCAAAUUUUAAUUUGCAACAUGCGCCGAAUACAA